AUGCACAGCCUGUCGACGCUUCUACCAUGGGCUGAGCAGGAGAUAACGACGCUGGAGGAGGAAGUCAAGUUUACAGAGGUCAUGGCAGACCUGGUACAAACACAUGCCAACACGAUCAGUAUACUGGCAAGAGGCUUUCUAGAGGCUAGGAAGUACAUCAGUCCAAAGGAUGUGACGCGUUUUCUGGACGAGCACCUGCGAGCGCGCAUAGGCACAAGACUGAUUGCCGAACAACAUCUCUCGCUACACUUCUCUAGUCAGCCGCAUUGCGAAAUCAUGCAUGAUGUGGAUGAGAACCCAGGAUACAUCGGCGUUAUAGACACUAGGCUCAGGCCUGCGAGAAUCGUAGACCACUGCGCGAACGUCGUGGGCGAGAUCUGCGAGCUGAAGUACGGCGUCCGACCGACGAUUGUGAUCAACGGCGAGCCCGAAUAUGAAUUCGCACACAUACCCGUACACCUCGAAUACAUCAUCACUGAACUACUGAAGAAUGCAUUCCGCGCGACGGUAGAGAGUGGCAUGGAGCGCGAACCCAUCGAAGUCACGAUUGCCCCGCUUCCAGAACUCUUGCCUGAGGAUGCAAGAAGCGAGAGGUCAGAAGAUAUUCGCAACGAGAAGAUUGACAACGAGGACCAAGGCAACGUAGACCAAGUUUCGCAGCGCUUCACAGGCCACAACUCACCUACAUCUCCUCCCUCCGACUCGAACAUCCUUCCUCUUAAGCACAGCACACCCGGCGUAACGAUAAGAAUCCGUGAUCGAGGCGGUGGCAUCUCUCCCGACAACCUCGCACACAUCUGGGACUACAGCUUCACGACCUUCAACGACGCGCAGGCAACCUCGACCCUCUCAGGUGGUAACAACUCAGCCAACGGCAUGGACGCACUGAACGCUUUCUCGGGGGCGGGAGGUGAUGGGGUCAACAGUCUGGCGGGGCUAGGCUACGGGUUGCCGCUGGGUAGGGCUUACGCAGAGUACUUUGGUGGAGGUAUCGCGGUACAGAGCCUUUGGGGAUGGGGUACCGACGUGUAUCUUAGUUUGAGGGGUGUCGGAAGGGUAGACACUGUGCAGGAGGCCAAGGAGAGUGCAGAGAGGAGUCAAAAAUGA